UUUGGAAUUGUUUGCAACCAAAACAAUGCGAUGGCAGAGUACUGGAGUAAACUCCCAGUAAUCCCCGUGACUGCGUGUAGGUUAAGAUUGGGUUGUAACAGAGUAUCAGAGCGAGACGUUCCUACCUGUCAGCUAGUAAUUGUUCUGUGUGGUGACAUGAUCAGAGUGGCCUGACUUCUUCCACUUAUUACAGAUGUCCGACUUAGAUAUGUUGAGCAUCCUGCUAUGAUGUCCAUUACCAAGCCGGAACACUCCGAGGCCAACCCUCAGUGCCAGACUGGCAGCCAGCCGGUGGCUGAGCCCGAGACCCCUGCUGUUAACAAUAACAGUGGAGGCUGGCUCAGCUGGGUCUUUGGGAGUGGAAGAGUUAAUAAGAAGGGGGUUCAUCUACCUGAGGACAAAGACAGAUCUAUUGUCUGGGAUCCAACUCUGCACAGAUGGGUUAACAAAACUGAGCCCAAGGCUGAGAACAAGUGUGUACAACCACCUCCACGAAUGGGGACAUAUGGAUAUCAGGAGAACACUGGCAGUGUCCCCAAAGGAGUGAAUCCUUACUCUAUGAAAGCAAGUGAAUAUUGCUUUAGAAUACAUGUGGUUUAACCAAGACCGUGUCAGCCGAUCAUAGAUGUCCCUGGUGGUCUCCUGCUAACACCUUUCCCA